AGAGAAAGUAAAUGGAAAUUAAAACCUAAAGAUUCACCAUGGGCAAGGGGUACUAUCUAACAUGCGUGCAAGUAUUAUAUAAACCUAACCACAAUUGAUGAACAAUACAAUUCCAAAAUCUGAAUUCUAACAAUGGCUUCUUCCUCCUACUAUUUUGGCCUAGUUUCUCUUGCAGUUCUGUCACCAUUUCUCUUAAUCUCUGCUUCGGCCACAAAUUACAUCGACGCCAUAUGUCAACGUGUUACCGACAAAGCCUUCUGUGCCAAAACUUUGAACGCAUACCCUGCCGCAUACCCUGCCGCUGCUUCUGCCACCAGCCAGUUUCAAGCAGCUGUGGCCACGCUCAACCUAGCCAUAGCUUAUGCCGAUAAGUGUGCGGGUUUCAGUGGAAAUGCGGCAAAGGAGAAUCCAAACUUGAAGACGCAGUUUGCGGCGAGCCAAGAUGCCUUUAUGACCAUUAGCAAGUCUGUCAAGAGCGCUGCCUCGGAACUCAAGGUAUCGCCAGACACUGCCAACUAUGACGUCAUGGUUUGUAGUGAUAGCAUAGCGGUGGUGAAGAAUUCGGUAGGGAAAAAUUCAGACAAUGCGUCGAAGACUGUUAUGACGAUGACAUUGAUGAUGGAGAAGCUUCUUGCUAUCGCGGUUGGAGCCACUGUCGCUGUUGGCGGGUAAAGACAACGAUAAGAACAUAUACCAUCGUCAGAUUUUCCAUUUUUCGUUUUACCCCUGGUUGAAGGUUGUGGUUAUUUAUUUUACCAAGUAAAAAAGGUUGUGAUUAUUUAUUUUACUUCUUUACAAUACAGUGUUUAGUUUUUAAGAUCAAUACAUUUUUUCUUUCGAUUGAACAUAUGUAUUUGAUGAAAACUUGCUUAGUGAAUUUUAAAUUGAUUUGGAAAUCUAAGGACCACUAAAUUUUGACCCGCA